AUGGCUGACGCCGCAAUUUUCCCCAUUGCCGAAGUUGUGGACGAACAAAGAAUCGAUGACAGCAUAGCCAUCUGGUACAAAUACUCUGCUCAAUUGGAGAGCGGUUUGGACUUUAACCGCAACGUGGAGGAUGCUCUUUCACCGCCCAGCCCGAGAUCAGGCCAUAGUGAAGACGAGCUCUACGACUAUGAAGAUUUGAUCUUUGCAUACAGCGAUGAAUUGUCAGAACAGGAUUUGGUUCUUUCUCGGCACAGUUCUCGAAUUAAAGCAACGGAGUCGAGCGACUCCAGCUCAAAUGGAAGUCAUACAAUGACUAUGGCUCGCGACGAUAAAAGUUUCUGGGCUGUCACCGCUUCGCUCCUUGGUCCCGACUUCGAUUUUGAUGCAAGGAGUAUCAAGGAUCAAGUCAGAGUUUCCGUAACACCAGAAUUGCGACGGAGGACCAGGGCCAACGCUUUACUAUUGUCUAUGUCUAAGUCAAGACCAGAUCUCUCCCGGGCAAUUCCUCUUCAAUCCAGUCCCACCCUUACACGCAGCCGCCAAGACGAUCCCAUCACCGCAUCCAUAGUUUCAAUGUCGCUCCACGAGACUCUAACAUCACUCGGGCAGGCUUGGUUCUUGUUUACAAGCUCUUGGUCACUUCAGACUUAUAUUGAUACUCUCAAACACUCUCAUAAGUUCGGCGUCUGUUUUCUAGAUCAAGACGGCUCUCGGUGUUGCUGUAUCAUGCGUGCGCGAGGAACCAAAAGGAUAUACUCACUCCCAGCAUCAUAUUAUUGGGGCUCUGAGGACUUGGCUGCAAGUCACGAAUUCCCACACCCGGGCUGUAAAGCCACAUUUUGGUGGUGUCUUCCGUACUCCUCAACCACGAAUCCUGAUCCCGAACGAAUAUCCGCUCAGACUGAAUUAGAUCGGAGGUACGAGACUGCAAAGCUCUUAGUCCAAACCUUCAGAUCAAAGGCAAUCAGUGUCAGGACCGCCAGGCAAGAUCUCGAAGCAGCGUACAGACAACUAAUUGUGGACCUUCCUGCACGAGAGAAGCUUGCAGGAAGGUUCGGUUUCGAGGCUAUGAAUACAGUGUUACAGCUCGGCGAGCUAGCCGAGGCAUCAGGAAUGUUCUCCGAAGCUCGCAGUUGGAAUUGUGAUCUCGUUUCUCGACGUGCUCGCCGCCUAGGGCGCAACUCGGAACACACUUGCCGAGCUCGAUAUAAGCUCAGCUCACUGCUUCUGAAGGUUGGAGACUACGAUGCCGCGAGGGAUGUCUGCAGGGAAAAUCUGCAGAGUCUUCACGACGAACCAGUAACAAGCUCGUUACUUGUGCGACAAAAUGUUCAAGCAUGCAUGAUAGCGAGGAAGCGGCGGCGACUUGAUCAAGCGAUGGAAGUGUUACCUCAUUUAUGGACUUUGGAACGUUGGCACGAGAAUGAUUUGCAAUCGAGAGAUGAAGCUCUGGGUGUCCUGGCCCAGGUAUGUCUCUUCCGUCAUCAAUUUACAGAGGCAGAAGGUUGGAUCAGGAAGAGAAUUACGUUGUUCAACAGCCAGCAUAAAGAGAAGUUCCAUUUCGGAGAGUCGAAGCAAAAAGGAGGUGUCUAUUUCAGGCUCGGCUAAAAUACGCGAUAUCGUGUAUUGAUACGAAAUCGCUCCAGAAUCGAUAUCGUAUCGUAUCAUUGAUACUAGUAUUGAUAUAGCCUAGCUCACAGGGGCCCCCUGUACCAAAAAUCACCCUACCAAG